GAUCCACCAAAUCCAUAAAUGAAGUAAAGCAUCAUCUGACCAACAUCACAAAUACUUUACAGCCAAUAAACCAGCGACUGAAACAGAUGCAUGAACAUCACUGUUAAAUAAAUAAUGAGUUUAAUUAGAUCAAAUUGAAAUAAAACCAGCAGCUACAGACAGACGAGCUCCAGUCUGUGGACGAUCCUCAGUCUGGGUGAGUUUCUGAGGUUUAAUAGACGUAGAAACGUGUGGUUUAUGGUGACGUGCGUCGGUUUAAUCUGAUCCUGUUUGGACGCUGGAUGUAAACUGAGACACAUGGACACGAUUCUGCCACAUGUCUCUGAGCUCUGGGAGGCUUCACUGCUGCUGACUGAGCGUUUUAUGAUGAGGGGAGACGGGAACGUGGGAACGUGUGCAGAACACGGUUCUAUGUGUAGUUCCACUGUUCCACCACUAGAGGCUGUGCACAAACUUACACACUUUUCUAAGCACAAGUACAAACUGAUAAAUUCCAGACGUUGCGUUGAAAUGUGGUUCUGAUCUUUAUGAGCAAAUCUGUGAGUGUGUACGGUGAUAAAUGAGGCCCCGGGACCGGGACCGGGACUAGGACCAGGACCAGGACCAGGACCAGGACCAGGACCAGGACCGGAUCAGUUUGACCCAGAUCAGAUGUUCUUGUUCUGGUCUUAACAGAGUCGCUUUAAUGGAAACUGAAAUGUCUUCAUUUGCAACCAGAACCAAAUAAAAGUAAAACUAUAACUCACCCCAUGAGAUGAGGUUAAAGGACCUGGACCUGGACCUGGACCCGGACCUGGACCUGGACCUGGACCCGGACCUGGACCCGGACCUGGACCUGGACCUGGACCUGGAUCCAAUAAAAGCAGCUUGUUUCUGACCUGUUUUCAUUCAGGCCUGCAGCUGGUUCCUGCUGAAGUCACUGGGAUGUGGACGUUUCUCUGGAUGUUAAUGAGCUGCAGAUUAUUCAUCUAAUUAAACCCAGAAAUAAAGAAGUUAAGUCUGAUCCCAGUUGAGACCAGAUCAGAUCCGAUAACCAGGCGUCAAGAGAAGCUGCUGCUUCUUUUAACUCGUUUUUAUUUCAUUCAAAAAUCAAACAGAUUCAAUGUAUCUGAGUUUGAUCUCAGGGACACGAUGAUUAAACGGAGACAGAAAGGACAAAUACACAAGCUGAGUCCAGAGUCCAGUGAAUUUAUAAGGAAAACUACGAGGUUAUUGCACAAUCUCAUCAUGAACAUGAGGUAUUUAUCCAGGCGACUGAGUCAGAGGGAGGAGCUGCACAGUCAGAUUCAGGAUCUAGAUCAGGUUCACUUUUAUUUCAGAUGAACGUUUGAGUCCCAGAGGGUGUGGAGCCACAUUCAUGUUUUAUUACCUGCAGGCGACUUUUCUGAACCAGCAACAGGAAGAUCAGGUUGUGGAAGCUGCUCUAAAGUAUGUGGACGGGGCUCUGAUCAUUUCACACUAAGGACAAACAAACAGCUUCAUGUCAUGUGUCCGAUUCUAGUUUGUAGAAUCCGGUUCAAGCAGGAACGAGUCGAUCUGGAAUAAAAACCUGCAGGAAGUUUAAAUAUCUGGUUUCAUGUGUGUGUGAAUGUUUGGGAGCAGCCGGACUCUUCAGACGCUUCAGGUCUCACUCAGAUACACAUCAACCUUUACACAUCUGAACCAGACCGACCAGUAACACAACAGGCACCGCAACUACACACUUUCAUUUUAGUUUGAGGUCCAAGAACAAAGACAAUGUUUAUAUUUAAUAAACAGAAUAAAUAACAAAUACAUGAAAUAUCUGUCAAAUCCAAAUGUUUUUAACAUUUCAUCUUUUUUCAGGUUCAGGUCUUUAUUUGUGUGAACAGGACGAACAACAUGCAUCAAAUAAACAGAACCAAGGAACCGAUCAGAUCAAUAGAACCAGUGGUAGAAAUAAUCCAUAACUAAAUAAAUACAUAGAGUAAAUAAUCAGCUGUUUAGAAGCCGAGUUAAUGAUUUAUUUCUCCUGCUGAUGAUCACAUCAUAGGACAAAUCCUUUUACCGUUAAUGGGUGUGAAACCUAAUCUUUAUCUCCAGUGCGUGUGAAAAUACUUCCUGCUCUCAGGCCGCGUGAUUGGCUGAGAGCAGGUUACCUGGCCGAGGGGGAGGAGCUGGAUCUACCUGCUGGUCUGGAUCUCACUGAGACUCGACAGCGCGGGAGGUCAGAGGCAUGCUCACGGUCCGAAUCGGAAAAUCAAACAUGAUGAGAAGAAAGAACCUCGGUAAAAAGUUCGUCCAGAUCUCCGUGGUGCUGGUUUCGCUCCUGGUUCUGGUCCUGCUGACUCUGCAGCAGUACGGCCCAUCGUUGAGAGGCGGAUUGUCUCAUAGUCUCCUAGUAAGAUCUGAACUCUCCGCUCUGACCUCCAGCCUGGACACCAAACAGCCUGAUGCACCGUGUGGAACCAAGAGACAAUGUCCAGACGACCAGUUCAGCUUCUACCUGCAGAGCGGAGCAGCCAACGUCGUGGCUGCAAAGAUCUGCAUCAAGAACGAGCUGGUUCUUGGGUCGGUGCUGAACAACGCUGGAGUCGGAAUAAACGUGGUCGUGGUCAACGGAAGAACUGGAGACGUGGUGAAGACGGGUCAUUACGACAUGUACGGUGGAGAUGUUGCCCCCCUCAUCGAGCUGCUGAAGAGCGUUGAGUCUGGCUCCGUGGUUCUGAUGGCGUCUUUCGAUGAACCGUCCUCCAAGUUGACUGAAGACGCCAGGAAGCUGAUCGCUGAGCUGGGCAGCUCCUCCAUCAACUCGCUGGGGUUCAGAGACAACUGGGUGUUUGUAGGAGGGAAAGGAGCCGACGUGAAGAGCAGCUACGAGAAGUAUCUGAAGAACGACAGUGAGAAGAAUAAGUACGAGAACUGGCCAGAGCUCAUCGAGCUGGAGGGAUGUAUCCCCAGAUACAUGGAGUGAGCUGAGCGAGAGCCAGAGGAGCACCAGGGGCACAGCCUCAGUAGUGAGGGUGAGGAUGAGGAUGAGGAUUAUGAGGAGGAUUAUGAGUUUGUGUUGUGUUCUCUCCAGUGGUUGUACGUGUAUCAUAUUGUUGUAAAUGCUAACAUGCUAUGAACCUGUGUAUUUAAAGAUUUGUCAUUAUUUUUAUUCAUUUUCUCAUCUCUGACCGUACGAAUGAGAACAUCUGUAGCGUCUUGUUUAAAGUCUCCUCUUUCAUUUUUGUACAAAUUAAUUGUUUUUGAAAAGUUUUGUACGUUUUUUGAACAAAUCAUGAACUUCCUCUCAUGUCUGUACAAGAUAAACCCAAACUUCUUUCACAUAUUUAAAUUUGUACAAACCUCCAGAUCUGUAGCAUUUUAACCGAUUGCAUCUAUUAGACCUGUUAGAACAAAUUAUCUGUGACAGUUUUUUGUUCAGUCUUUGACUUUAACAUCGUCUCGUUUCAUUAAAACCAUCUGUUCUGCUCUAAAUGAA